AUGAACCCUUCCAAUAAACGAAUGAAUAAUAUGGACAGUGACCAAUUGUUGAAGAGAGUAAAAAAAGAAUGCAACUAUGGAGAAUCAUGCUAUAGACUAAAUCCUGCUCAUUUUAGGGAAUUCAGCCAUCCACAUUUAGAAGCUAUAUUGGACACUUACAGUGGUACAGGAGAUUAUAAUAUUCCAGAGAAGUACAGUUUGCAGAAAAAUAUGAUUGUUGAUCAAUUAAAUGUUAUUGUAGAGAAAAAGUUUUAUGUACCUAAAGGAAAAUGUACAAAUGAUAGCAGUGUUGCCAAUACAUCUCAAAAUAAUCAAGAAUCAAGUAAAAAUAUACAAAUAAGAAAUUCAGAAUCGAAAACAAAUAAUACAAUAACCAAUCAGAGUCAAGGGACCAGUCGUGUUUCACAUGUUGAAAAUCAAUCUUCUGUCACACAGAGUAAAGAGAGUUUAAAAACAAAUGAAAUGUCACAGAGUAAAAAUACUAAUAAAAAUGAAACAAGUUAUAAAAGGCAAAAAAGCAAAUCACCUACGCCAGGCUUAGAAGUUAGAAUAAGAGAUUCAGAUUACCGACCAAUUGUGCCCCCAACGAAACGUCCAGAAGAGUUCCUAAAAGUCGUAUUACCUCGGGGCAGAAUGGCAUUAAAACAUGAACAAAGUGCCCCAUACCAUAUAUUUUAUACCACUAUAAAUGAUUCUAAACCGACACACACGCAGCCUUUCUCUAUCACUUUUCUAGAACUGCUAGAUCAAAGUCUUGGGGAGCUAAAGUGUUCAUUGCAAAUAAAUUUUAUGGUGGACGUUAGCUGGUUGCUGGCACACUAUUACUUUGCUGGCUAUAGUGCAAAAAAACUAACAAUUCUCUAUGGUGACGAUUGCGGGCAAGAUUUGAAAAAUAUAAGCAAAAAGAAACCGAAUGUUGAAGCGCAUUAUGUGAAUAUGGCAACACCGUUUGGGACACACCACACGAAAAUGAUGCUUUUAUGCUAUGAAGAUGGGUCGAUGAGGGUGGUAGUGUCUACUGCCAACUUGUAUACCGACGACUGGGAGAAUAGGACGCAAGGUCUAUGGCUCAGCCCCCGAUGUCCAGAACUGCCCCCAGACUCUAUGCCCCACGACGGGGAAUCCCCGACGAUGUUCAAGAAGAGUUUGAUUAGAUAUCUGGGGCACUAUCAUUUGCCACAACUUGUCUUUUAUCUGGACAGAGUUAAGAGAUGCGAUUUUAGUCAAAUAAAUGUGUUCCUAGUCUCAUCAGUUCCUGGGUCACAUUUCGAUAUGGAUUUUGGUAUGACGCGUGUGGGAUCACUUUUACGUCAACACUCCCUCGGGGCUUGGCCUUUGUGCGCUCAAGCGAGUAGCAUCGGCAGUUACGGGGCGAAGCCUAGCUUAUGGCUGACCGGUGACUUCCUUCAUCAUUUCACAAAAACAAAAGAUCAGCCCCAAACAUUGACUCAACCAGCCCCAUUGAAAAUCAUUUACCCGUCUCUAGAAAACGUUAAGCAAUCCCACGAUGGCAUCCUCGGCGGGGGCUGCCUUCCGUACGGAGCGAAUGUGAACAACAAACAGUUGUGGCUGAAAGAGUUUCUAUACCAAUGGCGAUCAACAUCUAUACACCGUAACAAGGCGAUGCCUCAUAUAAAGUCAUACACUCGAGUGUCGCCCGACAACAAGAUGGCGUCGUACUUUCUACUUACCUCAGCAAAUAUCAGUAAAGCUGCUUGGGGUUCGAUAAAUAAAGGAAAUAAAGCGUUAAGAAUUAUGAGUUAUGAAGCCGGAGUGUUGUUUUUGCCGAAGUUUGUGAUCAACCAAGACUACUUUCCGUUGGAAGAAAAUCUGAAGGACCGUCUCAUUUUGCCUUACGACGUUCCUCCUGUAAAAUAUACAAGCGAUAUGUCACCGUGGGUUUCUGAUUAUUUGAAU